UAGAUGAGAUCUGUCUUGUGUUUGACUUUUCUGUUGGCUGGAGUAUCCCAGGCCAAAAAUAUUCAACCUAAGCUUGAUAUUGUCUUGAUCAGCAAUGAAACCGAAUCAAGGAAUAUCUUGCCAAAACUUGAAGUUCAACUUCUUGUAAAUGAUACUGAAGAAAUUGAUCCAAGCCUAUUGACUCCAAAGCUUGAAGUCCAGCUUCUUAUGAAUGAAACUGAGGUUGUUGAUCCCAGUCUGCUGACUCCUAAGAUGGCUUUGGACAGAGCUACAACAGAUUGUGGAUGUGGAUAUGCUGUGAGCAAUCCUAGUCCAGCAGCUGGAAGAAUUGUUGGUGGAUCUGUAGUUACCCCACAGAACAAGCUUCCAUAUCAAGUAUUUGUUCAGCCCUGUUUUGCUGAUGGCUGUGGUAUGUGCGGAGGUACAUUGAUCAAUAAAAGGUAUGUCUUGACUGCAAUGCACUGUAUUAAGGAUGGAGCUAACAUUGCUUCAAAUGUUUUGGUCAAAAUUGGAGAUUACAGUCUUAAUUCUGCUAUCGAGACAAUACCACAACAGAAUAUUCCUGUUGCCAAUAUUAUUAUGAGAGAUGACUAUGAUGAACAGACUACAAAUAAUGAUAUUGCUAUGCUCCGCUUAUCUUCUGAUGUUGUAUUUAAUGCCAAUGUUGUACCUGCCUGCCUACCUACUGAUCCAAAUAAUCUUUAUGUAGGCCUGCAAGCAGUUGUUUCAGGGUGGGGCGCUACUUCAUCGGGAGGGUCUACAAGUGAUUUGCUGAAGGAAACUACAGUUAAAAUUGUAGCUAACUCUGAUUCAACCUGCCUAGGACCUUAUGGAAAUAUUGGAAAAACAAGGAUGUGUGCUUAUGCAGCAGGAACUGAUAGCUGUCAGGGAGAUAGUGGUGGACCUCUGGUUGUCAAGGAGGAUGGAAGAUACACAGUAGUAGGUGUUGUAUCCUAUGGUAUAGGUUGUGCUUCUACUAACACUGCUGGAGUAUAUGCUAGAGUUACAAACUNAAAAUAUUAA